UUCAGUCGGUCGGUCGUCUUUGGCUUUGCCCGUUUUGCGGAUUUUCAUAGUUCAGUGCGCUUUCCAGUCGACAACGACAACAUCGCGAACGGACUACGACGACGACGACGACAGCAGCAGAGCGCCAGUGUCUAAAUAUAAUCAUCUUUAUUUGUGAUUUAUUUAAUCAACAUCUCACCCAGAGGCCAACCAGAUAGAUAGCCCACUGCGGGGGCGGUGCGCCAACGAGAUGGAUAGAUGGACGGAUUGAUGGAUUGAUGGAUGGUGAAAAAUCAAAGAAAAGAGCGCCAAAUUGCACUUGAAAAGUGAAAGAUAUUGCACCGAAAGUGCAGGCCAAAGUGUUAGCUUAUCGCUUAUCGGCGAUUGAAUCAAUCAGCCCCAGCCUGUUGAUAUUUCAAGUUCAGAAAUGCAAAAGUGGCUGUGCGGCGAAUGGAAAGCCAUUGGGGGAAAAUUGCGGAAAUCGCACUUGAAAUAUACGUAAAGCAAAAGACAAGUGGCUUUGGAAUUGAUUACCUUCAAUUUACCACAAUCGGGCAGGCAGUAAGAAACGGAAAUUAGGGCUUGAUGGCUUUUAAACAUUAAAGAAAAUAAUAUACGGAAAUCACUAUGGCCAAUUGGAGUGAUCUCUGAGCCAAGAUACUUGUAUUACACUCAAACAAAGAGUGUCCAGAACAAUUCUUGCGGUUGCAAAAGGAAGCUAGAAUCGCUAAUCGCUUGCAUUGCCUAUCGGACUAUCGGUCGUCUUGCAAAAGUGAACGAACAUGAUCAGAAAGCAUUUAAAGCAUCUACUUCCUGCUGGCAGAGCACAUCGGAUAUAGCUUUUAUCGGUGCUUAAAACUUUUCCCGAAAACACUGAACAACUGAAAACUGAAAGUGAAAGAAAUAAUCAAUGUAAAACAUGCCGAAACAGAAAAAUGAAUUGAUGUUGUAAUCGACGGCAAUCGCUUAAAUCAACAAACUUAUACGAAACGAUGUUGCUGCUAUCGCUUAUCGCUAUUUGGAGAAAUCAGUUGGGCCAACGUGUGUGUCUUUUGGCCAAGCAUAUUUAAGCCACAACAAAUUGUUGUUAUGCGUGUUGCUGUCGCUGUUGUUGCUGUUGUUAUUGCUGCUGCUGCUGCUGCUGUCAUUAUGCAACAUUAUGCCGCAGUUUGAUGAAUCUUUUUUGAGCGACUGUGCGCUCGCCGACCGCUGGCAUUUCUAUUCGUACACGGUCAAGCAAUUGCCGCCGCAUCCGAGUCCGAAACCGAAUCGGAAUCGGAAUCCGUAUCCCAGCAGUGCCAGCCACGAUGACCAUCAGCAGCAACUCCAUCAUCAUCAUCACAAUCACCAUCGUCUUUGGAAGACUCAGCGGCAGUCGUGGUCGCCGCGCGACACCAACAACAAUCAUAGCCUCACAAGCAGCAACAGCAACUGCAACUGCAACAGCAGCAACACCUGCAACAGCAUCAGUGCCACCGGCAACACGUUGCAUAGCAUCAAAUUCCACAGACGUCGCAAAUACAAAAAGCUGGCACGAUUGGCGCUAUCAACGCCAGCGAUUCCACUGCAGAUGGAUGUGGAUGUGACCGUGGAUAGGGAGUUCGAUAUGGAGAUGGACACACCUGUGCCGCUCAAGAAUGCGGUGUGCCACGGCAGCAUCAGUUCUCCAUCCACGCCCGGCACCUGUUCCAGUGGCAUCGGAGUGGGCGGUGGCGGCUGCAGCAGCAGCAGCAACAAUAGCAUCAACAGCGGCAGCUACUCCACCGCCUGCACUCCGCCACCACCCACGCAUCACCAUCACUCGCAGCACCAGCAGCUGCAGGGCACGCCCGGAGGAUCUAGUCGGGUCGGGGGAGCAGGAACAGGAGCAGGCGGAGCUGGUGGUGGCAGUGGUGUGCCACCGGCACCACCCAGUGCCGGAUCCUCGGGCCACAAGAACAGUCUCAAGGGCACCAAGUUGGCGCGCCGGGCGCGCUCUUUUAAGGACGACCUCAUCGAGAAGAUUUCCCUGAUGCGAACCACCAACAAUACACUGGGUCGCUCCCACUCGCCGCACAGUCCGCGCACCAAGCACGGCUCAAAGGCACCGCCCACCACCGAGGAGGUGCUCCGAUCCACCCAAACGCUGGAGACGCACGUCAAGGACAUCUCGAAUGCCCUGAAGCACUUCCGGGAUGUCAUACUCAAGAAGAAGCUGGAGGUGUUGCCGGGCAACGGAACGGUCAUUCUGGAAACCAUAGCCAGCAUGUACUCCGUGAUCCAAACCUACACCCUGAAUGAAAACAGUGCCAUCAUGAGCUCCGCCACGCAGCAGGUUUACCAGAGCCUGGGCAAGCUCAUCAAGCUCUGCGACGAGGUGAUGCUCUCCGAGGACAGCGGCGAGUGUGCCUCCCUGAGCAACGAGAAUGUGCGGGAAGUCAUUGAUCUUCUGGAGGAUGCUGUGCGGAAUCUCGUUACGCUGGCGCAGGGCAAGCUGAAGGAGCAGGAUCAGUGCGCCUUUCGCUACAGUGGAUCUGGCCUGGGCGGCAUUGGAGCGGCGGCGGAGAUCAUGGGUGCGGUCACCGCCUCGCCGGGAGUGAGUGUUCCCGGUGCUGGAGUCAUGCGCGUUUCGGCCGCCGAAUCAGCUGCCCAGCGCACUUCGUUGCCGGACAUAGCGCUCACGCCCAAGGAGCGCGACAUACUGGAGCAGCACAAUGUGAACCCGAUGCGCGGCUCCCACAGCACCGAAAGUAUCCUGCGCGACACGAGUCCACCGCCGAAGCCACCGCUACCCAAUAGGGCCAGUAACCCGCCGCCGUUGCCACCCAAGCGACGCAGCCAGCCGGGCGCAUCAGCUGGUGCAGUGGGCGUGGGCUGCUCAUCGUCGACAUCCACUUCCAAUCAGGCCAGUCCGCUGCCCUACGCCCAGUCCCAUAAUAUCAGUCUGAACUCGGACCUGGACUGCAGUUCCAAUAUCUCGCUGCUGAAUUAUGGCGUGGAUCGCCUAUCCGUGCGGUCACGGUCACCGGAUGAGAAUAGUCAGUGCUCCUUUGACUCGGCGUUGAAUCACUCACGCGAGGAGGAGGACCACCAACAGCAACAGCAGCACCUGAGGUCGUUUCCAAAGUUGGCAGCGAUGAUGGACGAAGACAUGGACAAGAUGGUCAGCUACAGUGAGUAUUGCCGCAAGGCUUCGCCACUCCCCUCACUCUGCUCAACUCGAGUGGUGGCACCCCCAAUCAACGAAUCCCGUACAGAAUCCACCGGUUACGCAGGCGCCGCAAUCGACGACAAAACGCAGACACCACUUUCGACUGGUGGUGGUGUAGCUGGUGUUACUGGUGGAACUGGAGGAGCAGCCGAAGGUGCAGCUGCUGCAGCGUCUGGUGGCAGGGAAACUAACAGCAAUCGCCUCUCAAACGAAUCGGGUUUCGUGUCGAUGCGUGAGUUUCGCACUUGCACACAGACGGCGGACUACAGUGUCCAGUCCUCCACGAAGUCGUCCAGCAGCAAUUCGGAGAUUGCGUUUAGCAUCAGUGAGUCGACGGCGGUCGGCAGCAGCAGCGAAUACCAGCAGAUUAGCCAGUCGGUGUCGCACAGCCAGCGUCAUAUAUCCUCGAGCAGUAGUAGCUGCACCACCACGACCACCAGCAGCAGCACAACCACCGGCUAUGGCAGCAGCGAACUGGAGCAGCAGCAGCAGACGACGACGCCGGCCGAUCUGGCGCCCGCCCUGCCGCCAAAGAGCAUCCAACGGAGCAGCCUAACCCGCCACGAGUCGCCCGGAGUUGGCGAUGAGCUGGACGAGGCGCAGUCCUCCUCCGGCUGGGCCAGCCACCGGAGCAGCCAGUCGGAGGUGGCCGAGCUGCGUCAGCUGUCGCCGCUCCAUCACCUCAAUCACCAUCCGCACACUGCGUCCGCCGGCCAGCUGCAGCAGUGGCACUCCAAGCACCACAGCCUGAUCGAGGGACCCCGCCUCCAGCUGGCGGGGAGUGGCAGCUGCAGUGCGUUCGAUCAGCGCCACUUGGACCAGGAGCCACCGCCGCUGCCCAUGAAAAAGAAGCACAUGUUUCAAAGUGUGGCCUUUUCGGUUCUGGCGUAUAUGGAAAUCUGCUCGGCGUCCACGCGAUCCAUUGAGCAGCACCGGCACACGAUGCACGCCUGCAACAUAAGUCGCAACAUCUCGCACAGCCAGACCAUGAACAUUAUGCCCAUGAGCAAGGAACUGUCGCCGGAGCUCGAGAUGCCACCUGCCCUGCCGCCAAAGAACUACAAGCAGCGCAAGGCGACAAGCAUGGUAGCCUCACCCACGCUACAGCCCAUCAUUGUGACCACGCCGCCGCCGAGUCCGAAGCCGACGCUGGGCGAGAAUGGGUCGACGGGCAGGCCGGACAGCCGGAUGGCCACCGUAUGCGAGGAGCUGAACGAUGCAGUGGCCAGCGAGGAUGCGAUGCCGGAGCCACGUUCUCCCGUGCUGGACAGCAAUGAGAAUGUGAGCGCCGUCGAUGAUGGACAGACCUUCUAUUUUCACUCACAUCAGCUGCCCGUCGCCGAUUUGGAGAUGAGCGAGGACACGAGCAGUGCCGACAACCAGCCAUUAACCACGCCCCAAGUGCUCGAGGAGCAGGAGGAGCCAACGGCGGAGUCCCGGCCACUGGUCGCUGUGCACGAGUCGGUUAAGCCAGAGAACGCCGACGAGGAUGAGGAGGCGGAGCGAGCAGAUAUGCUGAUCAACAUGCUGGAGGAGGUCAACAUCACACGGUACCUGAUACUCAAGAAGAGAGAGGAGGACGGGCCCGAGGUGAAGGGCGGCUACAUCGACGCCCUAAUCGUGCACGCCAGCCGCGUCCAGAAGGUCGCCGACAAUGCAUUCUGCGAGGCCUUCAUCACCACCUUUCGCACCUUCAUCCAGCCGAUCGACGUGAUCGAGAAGCUGACCCAUCGCUACACAUACUUCUUCUGUCAAGUGCAGGACAACAAGCAGAAGGCCGCCAAGGAGACCUUUGCGCUGCUGGUCCGAGUGGUCAACGAUUUAACGUCGACGGAUCUUACCAGCCAGCUGUUGAGCCUGCUGGUCGAGUUCGUCUAUCAGUUGGUUUGCUCUGGACAAUUGUACUUGGCCAAGUUGCUGCGCAACAAGUUCGUGGAGAAGGUAACGCUGUACAAGGAGCCCAAGUUGGGCGGAGCCGGUUGUGUCGGCGGAGCAGGAAUCGCCAGCAGUGGUGGAUCCAGUGGUGCAGCUAGUGGUGGUAACCAGCCUAGCCUGCUCGACCUCAAGUCCCUGGAGAUUGCCGAACAGAUGACGCUGCUGGAUGCGGAGCUGUUCACGAAGAUCGAGAUACCCGAAGUAUUACUAUUUGCCAAAGAUCAGUGCGAGGAGAAGUCGCCCAACCUUAACAAGUUCACCGAGCACUUCAACAAGAUGUCCUACUGGGCGCGCUCCAAAAUUCUGCGCCUGCAGGAUGCCAAGGAGCGGGAGAAGCACGUGAACAAGUUUAUCAAAAUCAUGAAGCAUCUACGCAAGAUGAACAACUACAACUCGUAUCUGGCGCUGUUGUCGGCCCUCGAUUCGGGUCCCAUAAGAAGAUUGGAGUGGCAAAAAGGCAUCACCGAGGAGGUGCGAGCCUUCUGCGCCCUCAUCGAUUCCAGCUCCAGUUUUCGCGCCUAUCGACAGGCGCUGGCCGAAACUAAUCCGCCCUGCAUACCCUACAUCGGCCUAAUUCUGCAGGAUCUAACGUUUGUGCAUGUGGGCAACCAGGACUACCUGUCCAAGGGCGUUAUUAACUUCUCCAAGCGCUGGCAGCAGUACAACAUAAUUGACAACAUGAAACGUUUUAAGAAAUGUGCCUAUCCAUUUCGACGCAACGAGCGCAUUAUACGCUUCUUUGAUAACUUCAAGGACUUUAUGGGCGAGGAGGAGAUGUGGCAGAUAUCGGAGAAGAUCAAGCCGCGUGGACGCCGCCCCGUUAACUAUUAGUCUUCAAGCAGCAACAGCAAAACACCAAUAUUAUAUAUGAUAAAGUAUAUACACCGUAUUAAUUAAACAGUGCAAACGGUUGCCACGUCUAGGAGAAGGAUCAUCAUCGGGAGCAGCCAACAACUAUUCUAAUGGGUCUGAGCAAUAAUGUUCGCUAUUCUCUGUCUAUAUAUAUACAAUUAUACAAGAUAUCUAGCUGUAAUUACCAGCCGAUGCCGGAGCGGAAAUACAUAUACAUACUUAUUUAAGAUGUAGCGAUUCAGAUACGGAUACGGAUACACGUAGCCGCGUACAAAUAACGAGCCGAUCUGUAGUUUAACUAUUAAGCUCUGUGAGUCAUUGGGUCGAUGGACCCAACCUCAGCUAACUCCCCACCAAUAUUCGAAUCCGAAUCCCUGUCGACGAGUCCCCAAACUUUUUCCCGGACUUUUGCCAGCACUAGAACACCAAACUAACUAACUAACUAACUAACUUACCACCAGAGACAACCAAUCAAGAAAUCAGCAAUCUUCGCUUUUGUUUUGAGAUCUCUUUUUUACACAAGAACACAACGAAUUUUGAACGCAAGCUACGUGAACGUAGAGGCCAACCGACAAACUAUAUUCGACGAUAUAUGUAGCGAUAUCUCGGACUAUAAAUCGAUGCAAUCCACGAGCAGAACACCAAGCGACCCCUAGCACAAAGCGCGUUAUAUGCAAUUCUCUCUCCAAACAACCAAUAUUAAAUACCCGUGUGUGUGUAUGUGUGUUAGAAGUUAUUGAAAUUGAAAUUGAACUCAAAAUCAAAAUCCGAUUUCAGAGUGCACGAAACAGAAAACAGAAGGCGGUAUCUAUCGAUCAAAUCAAUCAAUCAAUGAAAUCAAUCAAAAAUUCAUUUUGCGACUCAAUUAAUUGAAGAAACUUUUAAAGUUACAAAACAAAAAAAAAAACAAAAAAUACGAAAAAGGAAAAACAAAAAAGGAGAGAAACCUGUGGGAGAGAUUAACUAAAUUCAAUUUGCUUUUAAAUGUACGACUAACAUUAAAAAUAUUUAUGGGCAUGUAAUAAUAGUUCUAAAUAACGCUUUGACUUCUCCUUUCAAUUCUGUGAGGAAUAAAUUUAUUGAUAUUGCGUGUAAAAAUAUUAAUCAUGAGAAGAAAUCUGAAGCAGAGUUAAAACUGAAUGAAAUCGACCUCAAGUUGUUUUUACUAAGCAAUACUCUGUCUCGUCUGAGAAUAAUGUCUUCUUAUUUAGAAAUGGGAAACAGAAAAAAAGGCUGCUUACUUGAAGAAUUUAAUUCCCGAUCACCAAUAGCCAUUUUACUAAACAAAAAGAAAAGUCAAUUUUAAUUUGUGUUGAGUGAAUUCGGUCUUCUUUUUGCUGCUGCUUCCGCUGCCGCUGGUGCAUCAAUUGUGUUUACUAAGCUAACGAACCUAAGGACAACAAUUUAUUCUUGUUUUUUUUUCACCUAUUUUUAAAUUAAAUAUUUUGUAUAUGUAGAGAAAAUUUUCAAUUGUAAAUGUAUUUGUAUUUAAAUGUUAUGUGUGUAUUCAUAAGAAUGAAAAUAGCUACCACAAUCAAUGUAUUUUUCCUUUA